AUGUUUCCAUACUCGGGUUCGGGUGUCAACGAGGAUGCUCGUUCGCCACGCGAAACCAAUCACACUUCUCGCCGAGUUGUCGAAUAUCGAAAAGUCACCACUCAUGGUGGAAACGGUGAAGAAGAAGAUUCGACUACUGAAACUGUGACAUCAAGUCGAACAACUCGUCGAAUUGUUCGAACUGUCAAUGGCAAUACAACUGUUGAAAUCAUUGAACAUGACUCUAACCCAAUUGAUCUUGGAAGUGGAAGAUUUGAUGAUCUUCCAGAACGUUUUCGUAGAGAACUUGAAGAUUUUGAUAGACCUUUUAGUCGAGAUCGCGAUUUCUUUGGAGAAGAUCGUGAUAUAUUUCGUCAUGGUGGAGGACUUCCUCAUCCUCCAGCACCAUUUGGUGGAGGUCCCCCACCACAUCGUGGAAGAGGAGAUCGCCCUCCACCUCCGCCACUUUAUGACUAUCCACAUGGUCGAACACCAAAACAACAAAUUGAUCGACCAGGUACUUGACUUCAAGAAACAAGUUUUCAGAAUAAUAUUUGAAGUUUUAGUGGAAUUUUUUAAUAUUUAUCAAAUUAAUAUACUGACAGAAAUAUCCAAAUUCUUAGCCCUUCAGAAAAUUUAAAAAAAAAUUUCAGACUUCGAGUUGAACUACGAUCAAUAUCUGAAAGACGAUGAAAGUGGUCCAGCCAGCCGUGCUCCAAAACAUCGAUCAAGUAAUGGAUUCGGUUGUAAGAUCAAGGGAAUUUUCGAUGGUUUAGGUGGCGGAGAUUUGAAAGAUAUUAUGAAACAUAUGAAGAGAAGACGACCACGUCCAGGAGAUCGUAAGUAACAUUAAAUGAAGAGUAUUAUUCAAAUAAAAAUAUAAUUUUCCAGCGCUCUCCAACUUUAUGCUUUCUGGAAACAUGGAAAAACAAGUUGAUAAGCGUUGUCGUGAUCAUGGUCAUCAUUUUGGAAAUAUUCAUCCGGAUACCGGAAGAAUUAUGGGAGCACUUCGAGGAAAUGAUUUCUUCAACUUCGGAGGUCUUCAUAACAAUCUUGGUAAUACCGGAAAGAUCUAUCUCGACAAUUUGAUCCGUGGAAAAUGCAGAAAACGCAAGGUUCAUAAGUUCAAGCCAAUUAUUCCUGAAUUGCCAUACGCGGAUAAGAAAGAUCAUGAUCAGAAAAAAGACGACGAGGAAGAUGCGGCUGCACCAACACCAGUUGCACCAGUUGCGCCAGUGGCACCAGCUGAGCCUACUCCGGCACCAAAAGUUUCACCGACGGAACCAGUUUAUCCAACUCUUCCAAAAAAGGAUGAUUCUGUUUCGGAUUACGGUUUGGACUUUGAGACGGAACGUGAUAAAUGUUUGGCAAAUAAGACACUUUUCGAAGAUCCAGAAUUCCCAGCCAAUGAUAAAAGUCUCUAUUAUAAAACUCCACCACGUCAACAAGUUGUCUGGAAACGUCCAGGAGAAUUAGUUCCAAAUCCACAACUUAUUGUUCAAGGCGAAUCAAGAUUCGAUGUUAAACAAGGAGCAUUGGGAGAUUGUUGGUUCCUAGCUGCCUUGGCCAAUAUCACCCUUUAUGAUGCGUUGUUCUACAGAGUUGUUCCUCCAGAUCAAAGUUUCACUGAGAAUUAUGCCGGCAUCUUCCAUUUCCAAUUUUGGCAUUAUGGAAAAUGGGUUGAUGUUGUUGUGGAUGAUCGUCUUCCAACUGUUAAUGGCACACUUUAUUAUCUUCACUCUGAAACUAACAAUGAGUUCUGGAGUGCUUUGGUUGAAAAAGCCUAUGCCAAGUUAGUUGCAAGCUAUAUUUCAAAUUGAAAUCAGAAAUUUUUCAGACUUCAUGGUGGAUAUGAGAAUUUAGAUGGCGGAACCACCGCUGAAGCUUUAGAAGAUUUCACCGGUGGAUUAACUGAAUAUUUCGAUUUGAGAAAAUCGGAGAAAAGUGUUGUUUUGGCUGCUUUGGUGAAAGGUAUUCCGAUGGGAUCAUUAUUUGGAUGUUCUAUUGAUGUGAGUGAUUUCUAGCGAGUUCUAAUGAACCAACUGUAACCAAAUUUCAGGCUGAUGCAAAUAUCAAAGAAGCUCAACUUCGUAACGGCCUCGUCUGUGGACAUGCUUACAGUGUCACUGCACUUCACAGUCUUACCUAUAACGGUCAAGAUGUUACUCUUCUCCGUCUUCGUAAUCCGUGGGGUGAAAAAGAGUGGAAUGGUGCAUGGUCAGAUGAUUCAUCGGAAUGGCAAAGAAUUGAUGAGGCUACCAAAAAAGAAAUCGAUGUUCAAUUUGCCAGAGAUGGUGAAUUCUGGAUCUCAUUCGAAGACUUUUUCGAGAAUUUCACCCAAAUGGAAUGCUGCAAUUUGUCAGCUGAAGUCUUCGAUGAAAUUUCAGAGAUGACUGAUUUGAACGUGAAAGCCAAUCAACAUUCAAGCGAAGAACAUCAAUGGCACGAAGUUUCGGAAGAUGGAGAAUGGAGUUCAGCAAAAGGAACUGCCGGAGGUUGCAAUAACAAUCCAUCAACAUAUCCAAACAAUCCACAAUACAUAACUUCUUUCACUGCUCCACAAAGUUCUGUUGAAGACGAUGGAAAUGUCACUAUUUUGGUUGCAGUCUUGCAAAAAUAUCGAAGAGAAUUGCGAUCAAAAGGAAAGGAUUUGUUGCCAAUCGGAGUAUCGAUUUAUAAAUCCGAAUCUCGUCGUCGUCUCGAUGGACAAUUCUUCAACUAUAAUCGCCCAGUUGCAAGAACUCAAGUAUUUGUCAAUACUCGCGAAGUUACAGUACAUUUCCGUGUUCCACCAGGCGAUUAUAUUGUCAUUCCGUGCACAUUUGAUGCUUAUGAUGAUGGUGAUUUCUUGCUUCGUGUCUACGCUAACGGAGGUGUUCAAUCAGAGUGAGUUUAUAUUUAAAAAAAUAAAAGAGAAUCGCUCUUAAUUUAUCUAUUCUUCCAGCCUUCUCUAA